UUUGCAUUUAAUCACACAGUACUAUCGUAAUAACAUCUACCUAUUAUAUUAAUUAAUUAAUAUCAUUAAAAAAUAAAAGUAUUUACAAUUUUGCAAGCGCAUAUUGCACAAUACAAUUUUUAAUGAAAUUGUUCGUACAGUUGUGACCACUUAUCACGCAUAUUAUACUCCCAUCUUGCUUUUUUACCGUGAUAUUUUUCAAAAGCUCUUUACCAAUCGAGUAUCCCUAGCUCUUAUCGAUCGGUUUGUUUUUAUUUUUUUAACAUUUCCGAUAUCCCGAGUUCUGCCGAUUCCGGCAGGGCGCAGGCGUACUAUGUAGUGCAUAAGCCUAAUGAAGUUUGUUAACAAUUUAAUUUUUUUACGGAUAAAACGUCGAGCCAAUGAUAAUCCGCUACGAUAUUAGUGUUUAGCUGAUGCUGAUAGCUACUCUCGGUGUCACGGUCAACCGCUUGGACAAAAUUUCCCGAUCGUGAAAGGGUUGUACACGGUUUUAAGUAUUCAAUAGUGCCCGUUAAGUAACCAAAGAUGGAGGAUUGUUCACACUUCACCGUACAUCAUUUGUCGUCCAUUGAAAAAUGUGCUGAAUUUUUACAACAUCACACCGGUACCCUGACUUGCUGUGUAUGUAAAUCAAGAAAGCCUGAAGUAUGGUUUUGCAUAAGUCCAGAUUGUUUGCAGGCGUUCUGUUACGAUGGAGGGUGCGAUCACAGCUAUCUUCAUUUCAAAGACAACAAAACUCACUGUUUGCAUCUUAGUCUUCCUUCUAUGCGCUUGUGCUGUUAUUUAUGUGUUAAAGAAUGUAACAUUGAAAAUAAUACAAGAUCAUUAAAUGGAGUACGCCGGGGUUCCAAUUGUUCCAUAGAAUUUUGUCGUAAUGCUAUAGCAGCAAAUAACAGUGGUGAAUCUGCUGAUGAAGACAGUGAUGAUGAAUAUAGACUGACUAAAGACCAUAAGCCCACGGGUCUCACUGGUCUACAAAACAUUGGCAACACAUGUUAUAUGAAUGCUGCACUCCAAGCUUUAUCCAAUACGCCACCAUUAACUGAUUACUUUCUAACUUGUUUUCCUGAAUACCCUUGUCACCAAUCAGACAAACCUUUAAGUCUAUCCAAAGCUUAUCAUCGCCUUAUUCAAGAAAUAUGGCAUACCAAACGUCCUGGCUAUGUCACUCCUACGUCAAUUCUAUAUACAAUGCGAAAUGCAUACCCGAUGUUCAGAGGAUUUCAUCAACAUGACACACAGGAGUUCUUAAGGUGUUUUAUGGAUCAAUUACAUGAAGAGUUAAAAGAACCAGAACUUGAAAUUGUUCCGUCUAGGAGACAUUCAUAUAAAGGUACUUCAAGAAAACAGAGUAUAGAACAAAAUCAUUUAGCUAUUCCGGAAGAAGAUAAAGACGAAUGCUCAGAUAAUGAUGAUGAACUCAAGUCUUUGACAAAUGCUGAUAGUAGUUCUGAGGGUGUAGAUGAAUAUGAAACCUGUGAUUCUGGUGUAAGUGAACGCAGUUCUUUAUCCGAAGAGACAUCAGAGCGAAUAAAUUUGACCAAAAAACUAGAACGUCAUUUGUUUGCUAAAAUGAACCAUGGAAAUAAAAUAACAUUGUGUCAAAAAAAUAAAAAAUAUCAUGUUAAAUACAACAGUAUAAUCUCGGAAAUAUUUGAUGGAAAGCUUUUAAGUUCAGUUCAAUGUUUAACCUGCAAUCGGGUAUCUUCAAGAGUUGAAGCCUUCCAAGAUUUAUCUCUUCCCAUACCUACUCGUGACCAUGUUACUGUUUUACACCAAAGUUCAACCAAUUUGUGUUCAGUACAUAAAUUGUCCGACAUAUACACAAAUCAACAAAAUUGGAUCUUUUGGUUUUGGGAUAUGAUGUAUAGAUGGUUCUGGGGCCCAACAGUUGGUUUACAUGAUUGUUUAGCAGCAUUCUUCAGUGCUGACGAACUUAAAGGUGAUAACAUGUAUAGCUGUGAAAAAUGCAAAAAGCUGCGUAACGGUAUAAAGUUUUCUAAACUUCUUGAAUUGCCUGAAGUUUUGUGCAUACAUCUAAAAAGAUUCAGACAUGAACUGAUGUUUUCAUCUAAAAUAACUUCGUAUGUUACAUUUCCCAUUGAUGGAGUAGAUUUACGGCCAUAUGUUCAUAAAGAUUGUACAUCUCAAGUGACAACAUACAAACUAGUAUCAGCUAUUUGCCAUCACGGUACAAUUGGUAGUGGUGGUCAUUACACAUGUUAUUCGUUAAAUCCAAUAAAUGAACAAUGGUAUGAAUUUGACGAUCAGUGUGUCACUUUAGUGUCAGCUGAAAUUGUUCGAAAUGCAGAAGCUUACGUUCUUUUCUACAAAAAAAAUAGUCCAUUAACCAAUAGAAUUAGAACUCAAAUGCGUCAAGUUCAAGUUAACAAGAGUCAGUCUAACUGUUCUCAGGAAGCAUGUUUUAUUUCGACUAGAUGGUUAUCUAAGUUUAAUACAUUUGCUGAACCGGGCCCUAUAGAUAAUUACGAUUUUAUGUGCCACCAUAAUAGAGUAAAGCCGACUCAUGAGCCACAAAUCAAUCAUUAUGCUACCAUGGUUUCUGGACAAAUUUGGGAUUAUUUACAUAGCAAAUUUGAUGGUGGACCAAAGUGCACAAAUAAUCAGCUACAAAGAUGUGAAGUUUGUUAUGCUGAUUAUAUUGAGAUGAUGCUCAGGAAUAGAGCAGAGACAGAAACAAAAAACUUUGCGCGACUCAGAGAGGAAUCAAGUCCACAUGAUGGAUUAGCUGAUUAUGCUAUAUCAAUGAGUUGGUUCAAAUGUUGGGAAUCUUUCUUGAAUGGUGUUGUAAGUGAACCGCCCGGGCCAAUAGAUAACUCAAAGUUGAUUGACAAAUCAGAAGGCAAAACUUUAGAAACUGACUAUGUAUCUGUAUCUGAAGUCCAAUGGGAAUACUUGUGGAGGAUAUACAGUGGGGGCCCUGUUGUUGAAGUUAACAAACUCCAAGCACCGAAUGAAAAUACUGAUGCUGUAGCUAAUCAAACAAAUACUGAUCUUGAAAAACUGUGUGAGGUUGAUGAACCUAUACAAGAAGAACCAGAUAAAAUAACAUUCGAGACUGAAAAAUUAGAAAUAGCCGAUGAAGACCCAGGUGACCAACAGAUGACUCUUACUAUAAAUGAACAAGAAGAAGAACAGUGUUCAGCAGUGAAGAAAAUAAAUUAAAACAUAAUGACGUUGUUUUUUAUUAAUUAUUUCACAUACAAUAAUAACUUACUUAAUAUAUAAAUAAAAAUGUGCGUUUUGUAUAGUUUUGGGUAAUUGUAUAGUUAUAUUAAUAGGCUGGUAUAGUUAAGGUACCUACUCUAAAGAAAUGUACAUUGUUAGUUUAUUUAUUACUAUUUAUUUGCAUUUUACAACAAAAAAUUGUUACCUAAAAUAAUGUUAUUAUUUUGUGUUUUUCUACCAUUUUUCUCUUCUUAUGGUGAUUUUAUUUUGUUUGUUAUUAUUAUUAUUAUUAUUAUAUAAAAUCUGGUGGCAUUUUAUCAUACCGUUGUGGUUUAUUAGUUUUGUACUCAAUAACUGUGUGUGUUAUGUAUUUUUUUUUUCAUAAAAAAAGAAAACAUUUUGUUACUUUAAA